ACGUAAUCCCAACUCGCCAACAUUUGUGCGGGAAAGGAGUCGAAAGGCAGGGAGGGAGCGCGCCUUUAGACGGGGACGGGGAAAGGGGGAAAAUGGAGCAGAUAUGAAAGAGGCGUUGGAGCAGCAGGCUGGGCUUCCUUUCCCAAAACACAGCAUUCCAAACAUGGCAAAACUCCAUCGACAUCCCUCCUGACCCUUCUCUCCAAGUUUCCGCUCUCAGAAUUCCUCGCACAAUUUCCCCGAAAUCCAGCAAACGGAGCCGGCGAACAACAACAUCUUUCUCGCUCGCCUUCUCUCUCGUCACUCUCACAAGGAUUCCAGGUUUUAACGGGAAUUGGAUGAAAUGGGGAGCCCUCCAGGGAAUGGGAUCGCCAUUGCUGACCUUGGCUUCAUAGCCAGGAAGAAGAGGAGUUGUGGAACUCGCCGGCCUUGUUCUGAGCCACAGAGAGUCCUAGGUACGUACGGAUUCUUUCCACAGUCCACUUCUGCUCAGUCUUCAGGUGCUGGAUACGGGGAGGAGAGUUUGCGUUUGAGCCAACACACGGCUGGUGAGAAGAAUGGUUUGAAGAAGUUGAAGCUGAAAGUUGGUGGUGUUACUCGGACCAUACACACUAAAGCUGCAGCUGAAUAUGGGAAUGGUGGUGCCAGCGCGUCUUAUGCCUCUAAGCAUACAGAAAAACAACAUUUUCAGAACUCUAAUUUUGGAAAGGAGAAAGUUUUGAAAGGAAAGAUAUCCAAUGAGAAUGAGUGUGAACCGACUCGUAAGAGUAAACGAGUUCCUAAGAGACGUAAGCUGGAUCUCGGAUUUGAUGAAGAUGAUGAUUAUAUGGACGAGGAGAUUUGUUACCUUGGAAGGAUCAAUGCUACCAGGGUUUCUGCAGAUUGUGAAGACUACGAGGGUGGUGGAACAGAAGCAGGAAUUAUGGAAGUUACAGACAUUGGGAGAGUGAAGAGGUCUGAAAAGCCUGUUGAAGAUGAUGUCUAUAUGGUAGAAAGAGAGGAAGAACUGGCAUCGGAUGAUGUGCCUGAAUGUAAGAUCAAGAAGUCGGGUUUUGUAGAAGGAAAGAAUGACAGAGAUCGUGUGGUGAAACAAGAUGUUUCAUUGAGAUCUAGUUCAGCUUUGGUUGAAUUCCCAGAUGGUUUGCCAGAUGCUCCGAAAAAAUCAAAGGCCAAUUUCCCUGAUGUGGAUAAGCAGUUGAAGAAAGCUGAGGCUGCCCAGAAGCGUAAAUUGCACGCAGAGAAGCUUGCCAAGGAGGCUGAGGCUGAGGCUAUCAGGAAGAUUUUGGGCCAGGAUUCUUCAAGGAAGAAGAAGGAAGAAAAGAUGAAGAAACAGAGGGAUGAUGUAGCUCAGGUAAAGGCUAGUAAGGGAGAUGAACUUGGUGCAAAUACAAUUAGAUGGGUCAUUGGUCCAUCAGGCACUACUGUCACUUUCUCUAAUGAUGUGGGUUUGCCUCGGAUACUUAGUUCAACUCCUUGCAGCUACCCUCCAUCAAGGGAGAAAUGUGCAGGCCCGAAUUGCACAAAUGCUUAUAAGUAUCGAGAUUCCAAGUUGAAGCUCCCCUUGUGCAGUCUUCAUUGUUACAAGGCAAUACAAGAGAAGGUGCAGCCUUUAAUAACUUGUUGAUACAACUAUUAUCUUUUCUUAACAAGUCAGCUUAUGUUUAGUUAGAUCAUAGGGAUGGUUAGGACCAGGAAGUUGAAUGUAAAAUUAGUUAACCAGGUAUAGAUCUUCCUUGAAUGACUAGUAUCAAGGAAGGAAUCGCUUAGGGGAAGUGGAACUGGCACUCUGGCAGUCUAACAAAAGGAA